CCAGGUUUCAGAUUGUAAUCUCCAGCUCCCAAACAUGGCAGAAGAUGAUUUCUCUGUGAUGAAGAACUGGGUUUCAAGGAAUUAUUACCCUGCAAGUCAUGCAUUGGACAAUGGGGUUGAAUCUGGGUCUAUGAGUGCAUUGGGGUAUUGGGAUUUGGAGUCACUGAGCUUGUCCAUGAGCCCUGGCUCCCAAUCAAGCUGUGUUACUGGUUCACAGCAGAUCUCACCCACUGUUACUGAGUGUGUAGCCAUGGAGGGAAAGAAAAGAGGGUCUGAGAAGCUUGAUCAGAAGCAGGUUGUCCAUAGGAAGUCCAUUGAUACAUUUGGACAGAGGACUUCACAGUAUAGAGGUGUCACAAGGCAUAGAUGGACUGGUAGAUAUGAAGCCCAUCUCUGGGACAACAGUUGUAAGAAAGAGGGACAAAGCAGGAAAGGAAGGCAAGUUUAUCUAGGGGGUUAUGAUAUGGAAGCAAAGGCUGCAAGAGCUUAUGAUUUAGCUGCACUCAAGUAUUGGGGCCCUUCGACCCAUAUCAAUUUUCCGCUGGAAAACUAUCAACAAGAACUUGAACAUAUGAAGAACAUGACCAGACAAGAAUAUGUUGCUCACUUAAGAAGAAAAAGCAGUGGCUUCUCAAGGGGUGCUUCAAUGUACAGAGGAGUCACAAGACAUCAUCAACAUGGACGCUGGCAAGCUCGAAUAGGCAGAGUUGCAGGAAACAAGGACCUUUAUCUAGGGACAUUCAGUGAGUUCCUUUGCAUCUUCUCAAUUUAUUUGGGCAAAAACUUAAAAUUGAAUAAAUAGAUGAUGGAUAUUGACAUUAUCGCAUACUUAACUAAUCAAGUGAUUCUCAUAUUCAUUUGAAACUAUCGAUUAAUUAGAGCUCGAUGAAC